UCCAAAGUUGUUCAAAACUUCCUCAAAACACUUGAUUGAGUGAUUGAGUGCUGCCGGGGAAUACCAAUCCGCACGUUUUGCAUCUGGCCGAUCUUCCUGUCUUUAUUUUGGAAAUGUCCCCAGUUUUGUUUAACUCACCGCAAAUCUCACACUCACGACAUGGCAGAUACAGAUGAAAGUGAUGAUGAUAUUUGGAAGUACAAAUCAUUGAAAAGGAUUAGAAAAACGGAGAACAGCAGCAGUAGUAGCCAAAGAUGUUCCUUCUCUUCAAAAAAGAAGAAUUUUAAUAGGCCUGCUUUAUCUCAGCAGAGUCUAGUGACUACUAAAAAGCAUGUGAAGAAGGAGGCAUGUUCACAGAGGAAAACAUGGCACACAGUGAAGAAAGAACAGAUUCGAAAGCCUGAUGUUAAGAAAUCAUCUCCAAGUUCGCAGAAAAAGAAAAUGGUCAAGUUGGCUGGAGACUGUACGCCUAGGAAAUUAGACAGGGAAUCAGUUUUUGAUUCACAAUCGACCCCGCAACGUAAAAAACUGAAGCAGGUGAAACUUGAAGAAUGCUCCCCAAUUAAAAUAAUUGGAGGAAGCUCUUCUCAAGAACAAUUUUCCCAACCUACGAAGACUAAGAGGCGAAGGAAUAGUCGCAAAGGAUUUGAGAGCAAUGAACCAAGGAGAGGCGUGGCCGAGAAGGAGAGGAGGUUUACACAUCAGGAAAAUGGACUCAGCAGUACUCCGCCAGUUUUUGAUUCACAAUCGACCCCGCAACGUAAAAAACUGAAGCAGGUGAAACUUGAAGAAUGCUCCCCAAUUAAAAUAAUUAGAGGAAGCUCUUCUCAAGAACAAUUUUCCCAACCUACGAAGACUAAGAGGCGAAGGAAUAGUCGCAAAGGAUUUGAGAGCAAUGAACCAAGGAGAGGCGUGGCCGAGAAGGAGAGGAGGUUUACACAUCAGGAAAAUGGACUCAGCAGUACUCCGCCAGUUUUUGAUUCACAAUCGACCCCGCAACGUAAAAAACUGAAGCAGGUGAAACUUGAAGAAUGCUCCCCAAUUAAAAUAAUUGGAGGAAGCUCUUCUCAAGAACAAUUUUCCCAACCUACGAAGACUAAGAGGCGAAGGAAUAGUCGCAAAGGAUUUGAGAGCAAUGAACCAAGGAGAGGCGUGGCCGAGAAGGAGAGGAGGUUUACACAUCAGGAAAAUGGACUCAGCAGUACUCCGCCGACUGGACGUGGUCAUGGACGUGGGGAAGGAAAAGUCAAGCAGACAAAAGGAGCCGAGUCAACAGACCAAGAUACCCAGAGAGAUCAGCCACUGAACUCGUCCCAAAGGUCGGAAGAGGUCAUCACAUUGUCUUCUAGAUCAUUACCACCUUAUGCUGGAAGCCUUAAAGGGGACAGUUUCUCCAGUCUUGACGAGAACAGUAAUUCAGCUAAGAAGACAUUUUCAACAGAAAAUAAGGUGGCUGGACAAGAGUCUACCAUGCAAGUCUUCAUCCAAGUAGAAAAACCACUUCCUCAAAUAAGAAAGAGAAAACACAAUGAGACAGCUACAUCAUGUGACGAGGAGGAAAGAUUAAUAAAACCUGGAGAAGAGUCUAUCUUUCAAGACAUGUCAGCUUCUGAUAAGGAAGAGGAGGUGAACGAAAUCCAAGCUCUUGCCAGCGACGAUGACAUAUUCGCAACACAACCAUCUCCAUUGUCUUCUCUCUUGCAGCUGAGAAGAGAUAACAUUCCAAAUGUAGACGCCGAGACGCCGUCAAGUGCUCAGACAGACGUGUCUACCUCCAUCUUAGAUGACCCAGCAACAAACCUAGGAGUACAAUCUGCUGCACUGUCUGCCCCUUUAACUCAAACGCCUGCUCCUCAAAAUGAACCUAUCGACAGACAAGAGUGUAGUGAUCUGAUUCCGCUACCCUCCGCUCAUAGCAACUCUUUGAAACCUCAAAACUCCUUGCCAGAAGAGAGCAACUCAUUCAAGUAUACAACACUUCCUUGCCAUCAUAAGACAAAUUCUUCUUUUUCAACUCAAAGCAUGAACACACAUCGAAGUAGGAACAUGAACCUUGAUUUAGACCAUUGCAGCCAGGUUGACAUCAGCAUAAGGGUCACGCCACGUAGGAAAUCUCAACACAUAAAACAGAAGUCUGGUGUAGCUGCGGACGAUGUAUGUUGCUCCUUCUUUCGCAUGAAAGCCAGCAAGGCCAGACACAUACAGGUUAUGGUUGAUGAGAACCAAGACAGUGAGAGUGCAAACUCGGACUCUGAUGUUACAACCAUAGAUUCUGAGUCUGUGCCUCCCUUCAUUACAGACAUGGAAAGGCCACAGACCGAUACAUGUAGCUCUCAUACAAACAAGCAGUCUAUUUCUAAAGAUUCUGAGCUUGCGCCUUCCUUCAUUACAGACAUGAAACAGCCACAGACCGAUAGGUCUAAUAGAAACUUGAAGCAGUCUUCUUCUGAAGAUCCCGAGUGUGCGUCUUCCUUCACUACAGACACGAAACGGCCACAGACCGAUAGCUCUCAUAGAAAUGAUCAGUUUACUUCUGAAGAUUCUAUGUGGGACUCUUUCAUGGAUAGUGAUUAUGCUGCCGCAGACACCCAAAACUUUAACUCCAGUGACAGUGUCAGCGACGCUGCUGCCCAGUCUCCUCCUAAUAAAGGACAGGCGUUGAACAACAAGUCCGAAAACAGUUUCACUGACAGCCAACAGCAGCAGGGUGGUAACAUGACUACUAGAGAAUCAACCUCGGGAAUGGGAACACUCUCUCGUCUUUUUAGUCCCAUCACUGGUGCCCUUCCAAAGAUAAUCAACUCCAAAGCUCUUACACAAUCUUCACUGGCAUCCUUCUUCACUGGUAUCAAAUCAGAGAAAACAGAAUCUUCCCAACCAUCCAAUCAGGGAAUGCUUGUGCAAAAUAAGAACUGUUUGAACUCUGACCUCUUGAAUUGGGCCGUUCCAAAGCCAGCUUCUGCGGGGGGAGUAAGUCGAGGGAACUCCAGUAAAUGGGGAUUGAGUUCACAGAGUAGUGGAAGUGGAGCGGUUCAAGAACAGACGCAAAGUUAUGGAAGAGGGCAGCAGAAACAAUGUCCAUUCUACAAGAAAAUACAAGGAACCUCCUUUGUCGUGGACGCCUUUCGUUAUGGUGAUAUCCCAGGAUGCAAUGCUUACUUCCUGUCUCACUUCCACUAUGACCACUAUGUAGGUCUAACGAGACACUUCCAGCAUCCAAUAUACUGCAGUAAGAUCACAGCCAACUUGGUGAAGGCAAGAAUCAAAGUAGCUUCUAAAUGGCUCCAUGAUCUACCGAUGAAUGAACCCUGCGUUGUGAAUGGCGUAGAAGUUACCUUACUAGAAGCUAACCAUUGUCCUGGUGCUGUACUGUUCCUGUUUGUUAAAAACGAUGGCCGAGUUUUUCUUCACACCGGUGACUUCAGAGCAAGUGCAAGCAUGGAGGAACUGCCCCAACUGCGCAACUGCCACGUCGAUCAGCUCUAUCUGGACACCACAUAUUUGGAUCCGCAGUACGACUUCCCAACGCAGGCUGCGGUGAUGGAAUAUGCGGCACAAGUAGCUGUGGAUGCCGUCAAGCAAAACAGCAAGACACUUUUACUUUGUGGAACCUACACCAUCGGGAAAGAAAAGAUCUUCAUUGCUAUUGCCGAAGCUCUUGGAUGCAAAAUCUUCAUCACAAAAGACAAGAAGAACAUUCUGGAUUGCUUGGAGAAUGACCGUCUGCAGUCCAUGCUUACGUUAGAUAAAUACGCAUCCAGGCUGCAUGUUGUUACCAUGGCUACACUCUCCCAUCAGAAAUUGAAGCCGUACCUGUCCAAAUUUUCUAGCCACUACAAUGCGGUCGUUGCCUUCAAGCCAACUGGCUGGACACACAGCGGCAAGAGAGUGAGUCUUCGACAUAUCAAGCCCGCCAAAAGUGGUUCGAUUGCAAUAUACGGAGUGCCUUACAGUGAGCAUAGCAGUUUCAGCGAGCUACGGCGCUUCGUUAAAUUCAUCCGUCCUGUCCGCAUCAUACCGACGGUCAAUAUGGGUAGUGCAAAGAAUCGUCAAGAGAUGAACGGCUAUUUUGAGGCGUGGAUGAACGAAAAGGAGUCAGCUUCAAAGGGAUCGACUCAAGAGCUGGCUGGGAUCAAGAAGUGGACGAGAUAGUUUCAACGAUGAGUUUGUGUCAAGGAGUUUUUCCUACUUGAGUCUAUUUGUGGAAUGUUUUGCUCUUGGAAAAAUCCGAAAUUUUUUGAUUAAAUACCGUCUGAAAUGUCUAUUUAAAGGGUCUAUGUACUUUUUGUAGGACAAAAAACACAAUGGCCACAGAUUUACAUUAAACUUUACACAGU